UUCAGUGGGAAAGGGUGUGUCAUGGUCCUGUAAUGGUAUGACGAAGUUUUUCUCCCUGUUUCCCACCCCGAGAACACCUAACUUUUGAACGCACGGCCCGCAGUAUCCGAGGCUGCGGCUCCAAUGAGCGGCGAGGCCCGUGUGUCCUCACUUCCUCCGUCUCUUCAGGGCCACAGGGUGGCCAUUUUGGAUCUGGCUUUAACGGAAAGUGGCAGCAGGCUUCUGUGGAUGGAGCAGACACCGAGAGCGGUGUUCUCGGAGACCCAGCACCGCUGAAAAACAGCCGGGUUCACACAAGAAGGCCGAGACCGAACGAAAAAAGACCGUUUCGCUGUGCUAACAACAGCUGAUCGAUUUUACUGACGAAACGUAGAGGGGUCGCCGGGGCCCUGCUGAGUGCGUUUUUCUCUCCGCGCAGCCGGACAUCCGAAAUGUGAAACAGAGAGCCAGGAGCAUCAGGACAAACGGUUUCCGAGCCACCCAGCGGCUUUCUGUUGUUUCAGGACACCGUUUAGCGGGCAAGCCGAUGGCUCGACACCGGCGUUGGACCACAAAACCACACUCUUCAGCGGGAGACGUCGCCUAACGUUAGCCUUUAUCUCAGUCAGUCUGAAGUUUUUACGAAGUUUGCGUUGACCGUACGCUCGAAGUGCUCGGUAAACCAAUGGUGUCUAGUUGGCUAACGUUAGUGUAGUAAACUAAAUUACACUUUGCCUCUCCGUCACAAAACCUGCUGCUUAAACCUAAAACCCGGGGUCUCGUCAUCAGUGCAAUGUCAACAAGAACACCACUUCCCACCGUCAACGAGCGGAAAGCUGAAAACCAUACUUCUAACGGUCAUGGACGAGUGGAGGGAACCUCUCGGUCUGCAAGGUCCAGCGGUCGAAACCGGAACUCAGGCAGUUCAGGAUCUGAAGAGCAACACCCUCAUGUGGGGAAUUACCGGCUCCUCAAAACCAUCGGAAAGGGCAACUUUGCCAAGGUCAAACUGGCCCGUCACAUCCUCACAGGCAGAGAGGUGGCAAUAAAAAUAAUUGACAAGACACAACUGAAUCCUACAAGCCUUCAAAAGCUCUUCAGGGAAGUCAGAAUAAUGAAGAUUUUAAACCAUCCAAAUAUCGUAAAGCUCUUUGAGGUGAUUGAGACUGAGAAGACUCUGUUUCUUGUGAUGGAGUAUGCCAGUGGAGGUGAGGUGUUUGACUACCUGGUGGCCCAUGGGAGGAUGAAAGAGAAAGAGGCCAGAGCUAAAUUUAGACAGAUUGUGUCCGCUGUGCAGUACUGUCACCAGAAGCACAUUGUUCACAGAGACCUGAAGGCUGAGAACCUGCUGUUAGAUGCUGAUAUGAACAUAAAAAUAGCAGAUUUUGGCUUUAGUAAUGAGUUCACAGUCGGGAAUAAGUUGGACACGUUCUGCGGCAGUCCUCCCUAUGCGGCUCCUGAGCUCUUCCAGGGCAAGAAGUAUGAUGGCCCUGAGGUGGACGUCUGGAGCCUGGGGGUCAUUCUCUACACACUGGUCAGCGGAUCACUGCCGUUUGAUGGCCAGAACCUGAAGGAGCUCCGUGAACGUGUGUUGAGGGGUAAAUAUCGGAUUCCCUUCUACAUGUCUACUGACUGUGAGAAUCUUCUCAAGCGCUUCUUGGUGCUCAACCCCGCCAAGAGAGGAACACUAGAGCAAAUCAUGAAGGACCGCUGGAUUAAUGCAGGCUCAGAGGAGGAUGAGCUCAAACCUUACACUGAGCCAGAGACUGACAUCUCUGACCAAAAGAGAAUAGAUGUGAUGGUCGGUAUGGGCUACUCUAGGGACGAGAUCCAGGAGUCUUUGUCCAAGAUGAAAUAUGAUGAGAUCACAGCCACCUACUUGCUUCUGGGUAGGAAGGCCAAUGAGGAGGUGAGUGACUCCAGCUCCAACAGUAAUCUCUCCUUGGCGAAGAACAGACCCACCAGUGAGAUGAAUGGCCAAUCACCAGCUCACCUGAAGGUCCAGAGAAGUGUCUCGUCCAAUCAGAAAACCAGACGCUACAGUGACCAAGCUAACUCAGGGUUGAAUAAUGUUAAGAGGGCCGUCCCAGGCACAGCAGAUGGUGAUGUCAAGCAGGACGGAGGGGUGGCAGGACGUAAGGCUCCAUCACACAGCCCCCCCAGCCCACUAUUGGGCAAUGCCAACAACCCCAACAAAGCGGACAUACCUGAGCGCAAAACUGGCACCUCUGUCACUCCCAAUAAUAACUCUGGAUCUGCGGGAAUGUCCCGGAGAAACACGUAUGUGUGCAGUGAUAGGAACAACACAGAGCGCCUUUCUGUUAUUCCCAAUGGGAAGGAGAACAGCGUGACUUUGUCUCCUGACCAGCGGAACCCUGGUGCCUCCACUCAUAGCAUCAGCAAUGCUGCCACAACUGAUAAACUACGCUUCCCACGAGGCACUGCAAGCCGCAGUACCUUCCACGGGCAACUGAGGGAGCGUCGUACUGCAACAUACAAUGGCCCGCCAGCCUCACCCACGCAGCCCCGCAGCCGUGGCAAUGCCAACAAUCUGCUCACCAAGCUGACCUCCAAACUUACACGCAGAAAUAUGUCAUUCAGGUUUUCCAAAAGAGUCUCAACCGAGUUUGAGAGAAGCAGGAGAUUUGAGGGCACAAGUCGCCAUGUACCUGGGGAUCAGCAAAAAGAUGAAGGGAAAGAUGGAAAAGACGGGAAGCCCCGCUCUCUCCGUUUCACCUGGAGUAUGAACACCACCAGCACCAUGGAGCCGGCCGCCAUCAUGAACGAAAUCCGCAAAGUUCUGGACGCCAACAACUGCGACUACGAGCAGCGCGAACACUUCCUGCUGCUUUGCGUCCAUGGCGACGGCCGUGCUGACAGCCUUGUCCAAUGGGAGAUGGAGGUUUGCAAACUGCCCCGCCUCUCACUCAACGGUGUUCGCUUUAAAAGGAUAUCGGGGACAUCCAUCGCUUUUAAGAACAUUGCUUCCAAAGUUGCCAGUGAACUCAAGCUAUGAAUAUAAUCUAUGUAGAGGAAUAUAUGAAAGUGUUAAAAUCCUAUAUAGAGAAAUUAAUUAAGCAGUACAAUCACAAACGUAGCAGUUUCCAAAUGUUUUUUUUAAACCACUUACCAUAUAUAUUUAAAAUAAUGUAUAGACUUUAACAUUGCUUAAAGCAAUAAUUUCUUAUGUGUCAAAUAUAUUGUUAAAAGUUGCUAAACACUGUAAAAGAGAACCGGUUUAAACCUUUUGGUUAAGAUUGUAUACUCCAUGACAUGCUCUGAGUAUCCAAAAAAAAAAAAAAAAAAGAGUGGAAAAUUGUCAAGAUAUGGCCUAAAAAUACAGUAUCCAAGAUCAUUUUGAAGUGGAGAUUGCUUUUCUUUUCUUUCUUCCUCUUCAGACAGUGUUAUAUGUAGGUAUUUGGUGUCUUGAGCAGCCCGUAUGUAAAGGGUAUGAGUAAAAUCCCUGAAGGAAAAAAAAAUUGCUUUUAAAUCGCAUACAAGUAUUUUGGAUCUCUGUUGCUCUGCACCUCAGUCUAGUUUCUUUUGUCAUUGAAAGUGCUUGUUCUUGACACAUGCUGCACCCAGCUCAGUUUCACUGUGUGAAUGUAAUGAGGCAUUGCUGAAGGACAGAAGUUCUUUUAUUUAUUUCUUUUUAUGCCCACCACUCGUAUUUGUGUAUAUAAUGUACCUUGUUUUACAACUAUUAUACAUUGUCUUACUCUUGCUUUUCAAGUUCUAAUAUUUUCAGGGCUACUUGUAAAUGGUCACUGAUCAGAUUCAAUAUUAAAAUAGCUAUACUUGACUGUA